AUGGCUUCCAAUGGACCCUGCCUCUGUGUGAAUGUCCAUUCUGAGGAAUGGAAAUUGAUGACCUUCACUGCCAACCAAGGUGACAAAGUAAAGAAGAUCAAUGAACACAUCCGGUCCAAGACCAAGAUUCCUGUGCAGGACCAGGUCCUUCAGCUGGGCUCUAAAACUCUCAUGCCUCUGAGUAGCCUUUCAUCUUAUGUCACCAACAAGGAUGAGAUCAUCCACCUCACCCUGAAGGUGGUGAAGCCCAGUGAUGAGGAGCUGCCCAUGGUUCUGGUGGAGUCAGGUGACGAAGGGCAGAGGCACCCCCUCAAGGUGCGGCGGUCCAACUCAGUGGCCCAGGUGAAAAAGAUGAUUGAGAUGAAGACGGAUAUAACACCUGAGACCCAGAUUGUGACUUGCAAUGGAAAGAGACUGGAAGAUGGGAAAACCAUGGGAGAUUAUGGCAUCAAGAAGGGCAGUGUGCUCUUCCUGACAUACCACUGCAUUGGGGGGUGA